CAGUCUUGUUGAACUACAUUUACCAUAACCAGUGUCAUUGAGAAACAUGGCGGCCUCCUCGGGAUCAGCAAGCGCUGCCGACUCCGAUUUAAAAGACCUAAAUUCGGUUGGUUCUGACAUGGGCAGCUCCACCAUUCAGUACAGCAUGGUUCUGGAGCAUCUCAUUGGAGACAAAAGGGCCGCGAAGGACCUCAACCCCGGCGUGAUGGGGGGCCUGCCGGUUCCUGCUAAGAGCGACGAGCAGAAGAUGAUCGAGAGAGGAAUGGAGAGCUGCGCCUUCAAGUCUGUGCUGGCCUGUGUGGGAGGGUUUGUCCUCGGAGGAGCGUUUGGCGUUUUCACAGCUGGCAUCGACACCAACGUUGGCUUUGACCCCAAAGAUCCUUUAAGAACGCCAACAGCGCGAGAAGUCCUGAAGGACAUGGGUCAGAGAGGGAUGUCGUACGCCAAGAACUUUGCCAUCGUGGGAGCCAUGUUCUCCUGUACAGAAUGCAUCAUAGAAUCGCACAGGGGCAAAUCCGACUGGAAGAACGCCGUUUACAGCGGCUGUGUAACCGGAGGUGUCAUUGGAUUUCGAGCCGGGCUGAAGGCUGGAGUUCUUGGAUGUGGAGGAUUUGCUGCUUUCUCUGCUGCCAUCGAAUACUAUUUACGCUGAGUCAUGCUUUGGAAGAUGAGGACUUCCCUGCUGCACAUGCAGACGCUCACUGAGGACAGUGGGAUUGAGACGUUGGGCCGCACCGACAGAAAUGAGACUUCUAGUUUCCUUUUAUGUGGACUGAAGUGAGGCUUUCCAUGUGCAACGGAGCAUCCGACAGAUUCAUCUGGGGAUCGGCCAGCAGCGUGUCUGGAUGGAGACAAACGUUUCAUUGUUUUCACAUGGGAACUACAAAUAUAUGUUCAUAAACUAUUUGUUUAAAAAAAUUUUUUUUUUUUUUAAACCAAAGUCAUCUAUAAAGAUGGAAAAAAAAUGGAAUUAAAACCUUACGGUUGGAAAAGCAGUUAAAAACAUUUAAUAAACAUUAAAGUUGGUUUGCACUGGCU